UGUUCUGCUGCGCCAGCACUGCAGCAGGUUCUCGUCCUCCCCUGCCGUGACUCAUCUCUGUUCACUUGCACUGGCCUCUUUUCAUGUCCACCUGUUUGCCAUGCCCCCUGAGCCACAGGAAGGGUGGGAGGAAUAGUAUGCAUUCUGAGUCUGGACCGCGUGGCAUGUGGAGACGCACUUACAGGCACACGCAGUUACCUGGUAGCUACUGCUGCCCGUUGUGUUUGUGCAUGUGUGUACUAUAUGUGUGUAUGCACAUGUAAUGUGUUCCAUGUUCGGUACAUACACGUGUCCUGUUUGUAUACAGCAUGUGACAUGUACAGACUCUGUGUUCAUGUGUGUUGUGCAUUUGUGCUUGGUGUAUACAUAGCACAUAUGCUAUGUAUGUGCAUCCUGGGUGUGUACUGUACAUGGGUACAUGUGUGCGCUGUGUGUUAUAUGUGUACAUGUGCUGUGCAUGCACUGUACAUUCCAGGGUGCACUGGGUCACUCAGAUCUCCCAGCUGCUCAUCACUGGGUUCUGAAGGAAGCUUACCAUUUUUGCCUAGGAAGUUGAAAUUUGAAUGUUUAUUGUAAAUGCUUUCUAUCUGUCUUCUUCUGUUAUUGCUGGAUACUAUAAUGGGUUUUUAUUUUCUUUUUAAAAUAGUUUUUGAGGCCGGCGCCACGGCUCACUAGGCUAAUCCUCUGCCUUGCGGCGCUGGCACACCGGGUUCUAGUCCCGGUCGGGGCACCGGAUUCUGUCCCGGUUGCCCCUCUUCCAGGCCAGCUCUCUGCUGUGGCCAGGGAGUGCAGUGGAGGAUGGCCCAAGUACUUGGGCCUUGCACCCCAUGGGAGACCAGGAUAAGUACCUGGCUCCUGCCAUCGGAUCAGCAUGGUGCGCCGGCCGCGGCGGCCAUUGGAGGGUGAACCAACGGCAAAGGAAGACCUUUCUUUCUGUCUCUCUCUCUCUCACUGUCCACUCUGCCUGUCAAAAAAUAAUAAUAAUAAUAAAAUAAAAUAAAAAUUAAAAAGUUUUUGAAGCAAUACCUAGUCAUUCUAUCAUUUCAUCUGUAGAUAUUUCAGUGUCUAUCUUUCAAGGAUGAGGACUCUUGUGUAUCUUGAAUCUCCAAGCCAGCGCUCCUAUUACAGCACACGCUGGUCUGUCUGCUCCACCAGGGCCUGUCGCCCAUGCCAGCCCCAGGAAAGUGCCUUAUAACACACAGCUUCCCUCACUUUUCUUUGUCCCUUGGAAUUGAUUUGUUGAAAGAGCAGAGUUAUUUGCUCUUUGGAGACCGCGUCUGUGAGCAGCCCCAGAUCUGGAGUCUCAUGGGUGGCACUGUCUGUCCCUCAGGGAUGGGUAAGAUCAUCUGUUUGCCCAUCUGUGGAUCCUGCUUUUUAAGAUCUGCUCUUCUUUCUUGUGUCCAAAGAGGCAUAAACGCCUUUGAACUCAGGGCUUUCCUUUUUGGGAAAAAAAAAGUGUUCAUCUUUGCCAUGGAGUAUUUUAAGUGUGCCACUUUUGUCACUUUUUCCUCUGGAUCUCUCUCUUAGUCUUUUUUUUUUUUUUUUAAGAUUUAUUUUAUUUAUUUCAAAGGCACAGUUACAGAGGGUGGUGGGGAGAGGAGACACACACAGAGAGAAUCUUUCAUCUGCUAGUUCACUCCCUAAAUGAUUGCAAUGGCCAGAGCUGGGUCAGACUGAAGCCAGGAGCCCAGAGUUUCCUCCGGGUCUCCCACAUGAGUGCAGGGAUCCAAGCACUUGGACCAUCUUCCACUACUUUCCCAGGCCAUAGCAGAAAGCUGGAUCGGAAGUAGAGCAGCCGGGUCUUGAACCAGUUGCCUAUAUGGGAUGCUGGCACUGCAGAUGGCAGCUUUACCUGCUACACCACAGUGCUACCCCCUCUUUUUUUUUUUUUUAAAGAUGUAUUUAUUUGAAGGGCAGAGUUACAAAGAGAGAGAGGUCUUCCAUUCGCUGGUUGACUCCCCAAAUGGCUGCAGUGGCCAGGGCUGUGUCAUGCUGAAGCCAGGAGCCAGGAGCCUCUUCCAGGUCUCCUACAUGGGUGCAGGGGUCUAUACACUUGAGCCACCUCCACUGUUCUUCCGGUGCAUGAGCAGGGAGCUGGAUAGAAAGUGGAACAGCUGGAACUCAAACCAGUACCCAUAUGGAAUGCGGGCAUUGCAGGUGGAGACUUAGCCUUAGUCCUUUUAGUGUCAUGUACAAGCCAGCUUUCUAGCAGUGACCAGCACAUUCUGCAGGAUGCUGGCCACAAUCAAUAGAAUUUGCUGGGGUUCAGUACAUCUCGUGUGUUCAGUGUUUAGAAAACCCCUAGUGCUAUCAAGGCAGACAUACCCAGAGUUCCCCCCGCCCCGCAUUCUUCUGAGAGCCUAUAGGAGCAUGCAGGCUGUACCCUAAUGGCAUCUGGGGGUGUCCCCAUGUCCAUCCUUACACAGGUGUUUGGGGCUGAGACACUCUCUGUGUUCCACAGUUACGUUGAAGUUAAAAUAGGAGCUGAGCUCUGGGGUAAAGAGUAGGAACUUUUCCUGUUAAUUGCAAAGUUGACCAUGUCGUUUGAGAGGUCCUUCUGUUUUCCACACAUCCAGUGUCUACCAGCCAUUCUGACGCCGUGUGCACUUUGUCUCAAAGCUGGGGACGGAUUGGGAGACAUCAGGUUGAACAAGCCCAGAGCUGAGGGUAGAAUCAGGCUCUCUGGUCAUCCUGGGGGUUGCCGUCUUCCCUGGGACAGCAAAGACAUGAGCUUCAAGUAUUCAGUGACCCGUUGGAUGCUGGAAACAGUGGGUACUGUGCACCAGGACCAUGGUAUUAGGGCCAUGGUCAGGGCAGAAGGAAGGGGUCCGCGGUUCAGAGUGACAGGUUUGGGGGGUGGGCAGUGCUCAGGAGGUGCUGCUAGGGUAUGGGGGAAGGGCUGUGGACUCAUCGAUGGAAUGACCUAGUUUCACACAAGAUUGUCUUUUUGAGGUAGAACACAUGUUUCCUAUUUAGAGAAGAAUUCGUUGCUGUACAGUUGAAGCCCAAGCCUAAGUAGGAACGAGUUAAAUUUCUGGGGAAAACAAAAAUGCAAGAAACCCUCCUCCAUCCAGCUGUGGUUUUUGUUGCAAAUGCUAUUAAAGCCGUUGCGUCGGGCUGUGUCUUGGUGAUUUAUGUUGUAGUUGGGGGAGCUGAGGACUGCACAGGGAUGGACGUGGGUUGUGGUACCCAACCCCCAAACCGCUGUGGUCAGUGGUCAGUGUUGGCCACAUGCUUGGGGAGGCAGAGGGAGGGCCUGGAGGUCAUGGGGAGAGCUGACUGGCCUGGGCUUGGCAGAGCCGCUUGACCCGCCUCGAUGUCUGUUCCCGCCUCAGAACUGCUACUGCCCUCAGUUUAUGGAAUCUGUGGACGCCACGUGGUGGAUGCAGGGUUUGGAAAGGAUAAAACAAAAAGUGGUGUUUGGCUGUUCCCGAAACAGGGCGUUUCGGGUCAGUGUCAAGUUCCCUCACGAUCUCCAUUUCUCUGCCCUGUCCUGCGACUGGGAUUCCCUCAUUCUGCUUCCAUCUCCCAGGAAUGGACCAGAUGGAAUCCAGGUACAGGUCUGCUCAGUGGGCAUGGAGUGUAGGGACUGGCUCCUGUGAACUUCUCAGGGUCUGGCAGCCAUGGCAGUGAAAGGAGCCCCUUGUGAGAUCUGAAAUUUUAUGAACAACCGGAAGUGAUGUGUUGCAGACAAGAUGCAGGUACGUGAAAAAAAUGUAUUAAACUACCUUCUGGCUCUGUGUAUCAAGGUGUAUAUGAAACACAAAUGGACUCUUGGGUCCCACCCCCAAGAGAUCUCAUUUUGUAAAUGCAGAUAUUCCAAAGUCUUUUUAAAAAUCUAAAAUCUAAAAAUGCUUUUGGUCCUAAGCAUAUUGGAUAAGGUUACCCAACUUAUGCUUUUGAAAAAUUUCUGUUUUCCUUAGAGGCAGACAGGCAGAGCCCUCAUCUGCCUGUUUAUUUCUUAAACGCCCACUACAGCUUGGCUGGGCUGAGGCUGAAACCAGGGGCCAAGAACUUAAUCCAGGCACAAUCCAAACGACUUGAGCCAUCACCAUGGUGUCUCCAGGUCUGUGUCAGCAGUAGGCAGGAACUGGAAGCCGGAGGCAAGCGUCAGACCCAGAUAUUCCAGUGUGGGACAUGGGACACACUUGCUCCCUCCCCUGCCCCCAUGUUAUACUUUAUGGUGAAUGUCCAUGAUGCCACAGCCUGUGUCUUCUCUGAAUAUGGAGCUGUAGGAAGAGCCUCAUCACGAGGGCAAGCUACCCUUGUUGCUUCUGGCAUUCAUAUAUAGUAAGGACUGGGUAUCCUGCAAAGAGCCCUAGACAAGGAGCAGGGAGCCACUCCCUGGCCUCAGCCCCACCUCCCCUCUAACGUGGAAGCCCCCAUAAUACACUGGAAGCUGAAUUAUGGGAAUACACCAUGCCUUGCUUCUACUCGGUCCUAAUUCUUUCUGGGCCUGAUAGUCACAGUGAGUGUACCUUGGAUAGAUAGACGCCCCAGCUGCGGGAGUGUCCUUCUGCCUGUAGCCACAUCAGCAGAGCUCAGGGCCAGGGGCCGUGAUGGGAAUGUCAUGUGGGCAAUUCUAGAUUCCAGAUGCCCAUGUACAUCAGUUGUCGCCUCCAGGAAGCUGAACACGGAGGGAGCCCAGAAGGAGUCAGUUCAGAGUCUGUGCUGAAAACAUGACCUCAGAAUGGGCGGGCAUCAAAUGAGCAUCUCUCCCAGAAAAUCAGUGCUGGAGGGAGACUUCAGGUUUGGGAGUUACCUGUUUCCUCUGAUUAUUUUUCUGUCAUCCUAGACAUCAUUUAAAUGAAGUUCAAGUCUUAAAACAGUGUUUGAUAGUCUUAUUGUAAAAUUUUUAAACCAAUUUUUAACUUAAAAAAUAUUUAUCUGAAAUUCAAAGCAACAGAGAAAGAGAGACAGAGAAAGAGAUCUUCCAUCUGCUGGUUCAUUCCCCCAAAUAGCUGCCGCAGUGGCUGGUCCACAUGGAAGCCAGGAGCCCGAAACACCGUUGGAGUCUUUUGCAUAGGUGCAGGGGCCCAAGCACCUGGGCCAUCUGCUGCCUUCUCAGGUGCAUCAGCAAGUAGCCGGAUUGGACGUGGAGCACCUGGGACAUGAACCAGUGCUCUGCUAUGGGAUGCUGGAGUUGCAAGCGGCACUCAACCCACUGUGCCACAAUGCCAGCCCCUAUUUUUAGAUUGUUGAGAAGCAUCCACAGUGUUUUAUGCAGUGGCUGCACUAAUUUGCAUUCCCACUAGCCAUGUGCAAGGGUUCCCCUUUCUCCACAUCCUUUCCAGAAUCUUCCUACUGGGAAUGUACCCUAAGGACGUGAAGUCAGUCAGUGGAAGAGAUGGCUGUACUCACAUGUUAACUACAGCAGCCCAUCAAGUGGUGAAUGAAUGAAGAAAAUGUGGCUCAUAUGCUUGACAGAAUAGCAUUCAACCAUAAAAAAAAUAGGAUAAAAUGUUGUCAUUUGUGGAAUUUUUAAAAGUGAAGCUCAUAGUAGUAAGCAGAAUUGUGGUUAGUGGAGACUGGAGAGAGUCCAGGAAAGAUUGGUUGGUUGGUUGGUUGGUUAGUUAGUUAGACCAGGAAGGAUUGGUUAGUUGAUACAAAGCCACAGAUAGUAGGUAGAGUAAGUUCUGGAUUCUGUUCUACAGAAGGUUGAUUAUAAUCAGUAGUAUCGCACCAUACAUUUCAGAAUAGCUGGAAGACAGGAUUUUGAAUGUUCUCAUCACAAAGACAUGAUAAAUAUUUGAGAUGACGGAUAACCUCAAUGUUCUGAAUUGAUCACUACACGUUGUAUACAUGUACCAGACAUCACUCUGUGACCCAUAGCAUGGUUUUUAUGUGUCUAUUCAAAAACAGAUAAACACGGUGCUUGCUCAUUUCAUUACUGAAUACCUGGCUGCAUAGUGUAAUUUAGUCACACACUGCAUGAUAACAUUGUGGCUGGUGACAGACCACAUAUACCACUGUGGGACUGUAAGGUUGCAUCACCUAGUGAUGUCGUAGGCAUCUUGACUUGUUGAUGUUUGCAGGAUGACACAGUCUUAACAACCCUUCUCUCAGAGUGUGUCCCCAGUGUUCAGCAGUACAUGACUAUAUGUGUCUUAAGUAGGACAUUUUUCUUUAUUAACUUUUUUAUGGUAAAAUAUAUUCAAAGAAAAGCCAGCACCGUGGCUCAAUAGGCUAAUCCUCCUCCUGCGGCACUGGCACACCAGGUUCUAGUCCCAGUCGGGGUGCCGGAUUCUGUCCCGGUUGCCCCUCUUCCAGGCCAGCUCUCUGCUGUGGCCCAGGAAUGCAGUGGAGGAUGGCCCAAGUGCUUGGGCCCUGCACCCCGUGGGAGACCAGGAGAAGCCCCUGGCUCCUGCCUUCGGAUCAGCGCAGUGCACCAGCCGCAGCGUGCCGGCUGCGGCAGCCAUUGAAGGGUGAACCAAUGGCAAAAGGAAGACCUUUCUCUCUGUCUCUCUCUCUCACUGUCCACUCUGCCUGUCAAAAAAAAAAAAUAUAUAUAUAUAUAUAUAUAUAUUCAAAGAAUCCCAGAAAACCCACAACUAAACAAAGAAAAACAUAUAUGCAUAUAUGUAUUUAUAAAAUACAGAAAUGUUGUCAUUUUAACCUUUAAAUUUUUUUAAAAAAAUUGUACUUGAGGGGCUGGUGCCGUGGUGCACUAGGUUAAUCCUCUGUGGCACCAGCAUCCCGUAUGGGCGCCGAUUCUAGUCCCAGCUGCUCCUCUUCCAAUCCAGCUCUCUGCUGUGACCUGGGAAGGCAGUGGAGGAUGGGCCAAGUGCUUGGGCCCCUGCACCCACGUGGGAGACCAGGAGGAAGCACUUGGCUCUUGGCUUCAGAUUGGUGUAGCUCCAGCCAUUGCAGCCAUUUGGAGGGUGAACCAACGGAAGGAAGAUCUUUCUCUCUGUCUCUCUCUCUCACUGUCUGUAACUCUACCUGUCAAAUAAAUUAAAAAAAAAAAAAUUGUACUUGAGAGGUAGAGAGAGACAGAGAUAGAGAGCUCACUCCCCCAGUGCCCACAGCAGCUGGGGCUUGGCUGGACAGAAGUCAGGAGCCUGGAACUCCAUCUGGGUCUCCAAGGUGGGUGGCAAGGACCUACCUAAGCAACUAAGCGAUCACCGGCUACCUCCCAGGAUGCCCAUAACUUUUUCAUUGUCCCAAACUGAAACUCUAUACCCAUUAGCAGUAACUUCAUGUUCCCUCCUUCCUCAGCCCCUGACUGUUGCAGUUCUACUUUCUGUCUCUGUGAACAUGCCUGUUCUAGAAACUGUAAGUAGAGUCACACAGUAUUUGUCCUUUUGUGUCAGGCAUAUUUCACUUAGUGCAGUGUUUUGAAGGCUGACCUAUAUGAUGCGUGAGUUGGGAUUUCAUCCCUGAAGAAAUAGCCAAUUCUGUGGGUUAAUGCUGUGUAUCUGUCAUUUAUUGAUGCACAGUUGAAUUGUCUCCAACUUUGGGCUGUUGUGAGUAGUGCUGUAAUGAACACACCCACAGGUGUCUGUGUGAGUCCUGGUUUACAGUUCUCUGAGGUGUGUACCUGAGAGUGGGUUUGCUGGGUCCUAUGGUGAUUCUAGGCUUGGCUUUUGGAGGAACUACUCCACGGAGACUGCUCCAUUUUAUAUUCUCCAUCAUUGCCCAAAGAUUCCAGAUUUUCCACAUCCUCUCAUCAUGUUUUCCUUUCUAAAUUUGUUGUAGCCAUCUGGUGAGUGUGAGGUAAUACUUCGGUGUGAUUUUGAUUUGUAUUCCCUUGAUGACUAGUGAUGUUGAACAUCUUUUAUGUGCUUAUUGGCCAUUUGUAUAUCAUUUUUGGAGAAAUACCUUUUUAAGUCCUUUACUCGUUUAUUAAUUGGAUUGUUUGUCUAUUUAUUGGCCAGCAUUAAAUGUUCCAUAUGUAUUCUGGAUAUUAGACCUUUAUCAGAUCUAUGUCUUGCAAGUAUUUUUUCCAUUCUGUGGGUUGUCUUUUUAAAAAUUUAUUUAUUUAUUUGAGUUCCUGGCUCCCAGUCCUGGCCCUGGCCCAUCCACAGCCAUUUGAGGAGUGAACAAGUGAGUCAGGGCCAGGACCGGGAGCCAGGAACUCAACCCAGGUCUUCCACCUUGGAGGCAGGGCCUCAGUUAUUUGAACCAUCACUGCUGCCUCACAUGGUUUGCAUUAGCAGGAAGCUGGAAUCAGGGAAUUGAGCUGAAACUGAGAAUUGAGCUCAUUUACUGUGGUAUGAGACAUGAGUGUCUUCACUGCUGGGUUGAACUCCCAUGCCUAUGGGUUAUCUUUGAACUUUCUCCUUGCUGUCCUUUGAUGCUAUUCUGACACCAACCCCAAGUGGUAUAUUGUCAUUCUAUUCUGUUCACCAACAGCACUGCUCCCAAUUCAGACGCUAGCUGCGAGCAGGUCCCCAGGGUGCUCACCCUUCUGACCAACUGGCUGUAAACCUGAGGGUUUCCACAACUCCUUCCUGACGAUUUGUAAUUCAUUAGAACUCCUCUCAGUCUUCGUAGUUCAUUAGAACAGUUCACAAACCUUGGGAAAGCAGUGUGCUUGGGAUUAUGGCUUUAAUAAAAGAUACAAAUCAGUAACAACCAAAUGAAGAGACAUGGAGCAAAGCCUGGGAGGCACUAUAUGUGGAGCCCUCCCUUGAGGAUUUGUAGGGUCAUCCUCCAGCCAAGUCUGUGUGUCCACCCACCAAGAAGCUCCACUGAGCAUGAUGGAUUAAACUGUUGGCUCCUGGGACUGACCCAGUUGCCAGUCUCACCCCAUCUCCUUUCUUUGAGCUACAUAACCCGUAGCUCCUACCCUCUAAGUGCUUGGCUGCCCCUUCCUGAAACUAUCUUGAGAACCGCCGUGAGUCAGUGUGUUGGCAUAAACUCAGGCGUGGUUCCAAGAGCUCGUGAAUAGCAGACACUGCUGUUAGAUACCUGGGAAAUUCCAAAGGUUUAGAUUCACCCUCCUAGAAACCAGGGGCAAGGCCAAUCAAGUUAUUUUCUUAAGAUUUAUUUUAUUCAUUUGAAAGGCAGAAUUAGAGAGAGGGAGAGACAGAGACACAUGUACACAUACACACACAGAUCUACUACCCACUGGUUCACUCUGCAAAUGGCCACAAUGGCUGGGGCUGAGUCGGAUCUGGGCUGGGCCAGGCAGAAUUUUGGAGCUUGGAACUCCAUCUGGGUCUUCCACAUGGGUGUAGGGGCCCAAGCACUUGAGCUGUCUUCCACUGCUUUCCCAGGCACUUUAGCAGGGAGCUGGAUCGGAAAUGGAGAAGCUGAGACUCAAACUGAUGCUCAUUUGGGAUGUUGGCAUUGCAGAUAAUGCUUCAACCUGCAGUGCCAAAACAGCAGGCCCCCAAAUUCUUUAUAAUUCAACAGGUGUAAAAGUUUUAAAUUAUGAUGAAGUCUAGUUUAUCUAACUUUUUUCCCUUUGGUUUGUGCUUUCAAUGUCACACUGAAGAAUCCAUUUCAGUGUUGUGAUAAAGUGGGUUAAGCCACUGCUCACAACACCCACAUCCCAUAUCAAAGGGCCAAUUUGAGUUCUGGCUUCUUGUAAAUGCACCUGGAAAAGCAGUACAUUUAGAAUUCUCAUCCAUUUAAAGAUUUAACAUUUUUUUGUUUAUUUAAUUUUAUUUGAGAGAGAAACAGAUCUCAUGUCUGUUGGUUCACACCCCAGCUGCCUGCGAUCGCAGAGCUUGGGUCAGGCCAGUGUCCCAACUGAUAUCUUCACUGCCAGGCCAAACAGCAUCCUGUUAAUCCAUUCCUUAAUUUUUGUGCAUGAAGUAAACUAAGGUUUCAGUCUGCAUUCUUUUGCGUGUCGAUAUCCAGUUGUCUUCAUGCUAUUCGGCAAACAGACUGUUCUUUCCUCACUUAGUAUUCUUAACCUGUCAAACAUCUCUCUGUGGGUUUAUUUCUGAUCCACUCAUUCUGUCCAGUGGUCUGGUGUCACUAUUCUGAUCACUAUCAUUUUGUUGUAAAUUUUGAUAUCGAGAAGUGUGUCUUCCAACUUCAUUCUUCUUCUUCAAAAGUGUUGUGGCUAGUCUACUUCUAUUGUAGUUCCAUGUGAAUUUGAGAAUCAGCUUUUCCAUCUCUAAAAACAGUGCUACUGGGCUGGCGUCAUGGCAUAGUAGGUAAAGCCACUACCUGUGGCGCCAGCAUCCUAUAUAGGCAGCAAUUCGAGUCCCUACUGCUCUACUUCCGAUCCAGCUCUCUGCUAUGGCCUGAGAAAGCAGUGAAAAAUGACCCAAGUCCUUGGGUCCCUGCACCCGCAUGGGAGACCCUCCUGGCUCCCAGCUUUGGAUCGGCAUAGCGCCAGCUGUUGCGACCAGUUGGGGAAUGAACCAGCAGAUGGAAGACCUCUCUCUUGCUCUCUCUGCCUCUCCUUCUCUCUCUGUGUAGCUCUGGCUUUCAAGUAAAUAAUUAAAUCUUCCCACUGACUGUGCUGCUGGCUGUGUGCUUCUCACAAAUGCCCUUAAUCACGUUACAGGAGUUCCUUCUGUUUAUUGUCACCUGUGUGUUUUUGUUAUGGAAGCAUGUUGAAUUUUGGCAGUGUUUUUUCUUUAUCUUCCUUUUUUUUAAUAUUUAUUUAUUUGAAAGAGUUACAGAGGGGGUGGGGGAGACAGAGAUCUUCCAUCUGCUGGUUCACAACCCAGAUGGCCACAGUGCCUAGGUCUGGGCCAGGCCGAAGCCAGGAGCCAGGAGUUUCAUCCAGGUCUCCCACAUGGGUGCAGUUGGGCCAUCCUCCCCUGUUUUCCCAGGCCAUAGCAGGGAGCUGGAUUGGAAGUAGAGCAUCCCACACGGGAUUCUGGCUCCAGCAGUGUGUUUUCUGUAGCAAAUCGAUCAUGUGCAUCUCACAUGGAUUUAUUUCACUGUUGUCUUUUUUAUUUUUUUAUUUUUAAAGAUUUUAUUUAUUUUAUUUGAAAGAGUUAACACAGAGAGGAGAGGCAGAGGCAGAGAGAGAGAGAGAGAGAGAGGUCUUCCAUCCGAUGGUUCACUCCCCACUUGGCCGCAAUGGCCGGAGCUGAAGCCAGUAGCCAGGAACUUCCUCCGGGUCUUCUACACAGGUGCAGGGGCCCAAGGAUUUGGGCCAUCUUCUACGGCUUUCCCAGGCCACAGCAGAGAGCUAGAUUGGAAGUGGAGCAGCUGGGUCUUGAACCGGCACCCAUAUGGGAUGCUGGCGCUUCAGGCCAGGGCGUUAACCCCCUGUGCCACAGUGCUGGCCCCUCACUAUUGUCUUUUUUUUUUUUUUUUUUUUGACAGAGUGGACAGUGAGAGAGACAGAGAAAGGUCUUCCUUUUGCCGUUGGUUCACCCUCCAAUGGCUGGCGGCACGCUGCGGCCAGUGCAUCGCGCUGAUCCGAAGCCAGGAGCCAGGUGCUUCUCCUGGUCUCCCAUGGGGUGCAGGGCCCAAGCACUUGGGCCAUCCUCCACUGCACUCCCUGGCCACAGCAGAGAGCUGGCCUGGAAGAGGGGCAACCGGGACAGAAUCCAGCACCCGACCAGGACUAGAAUCCGGUGUGCCAGCGCCGCAAGGCGGAGGAUUAGCCUAGUGAGCCACGGUGCCGGCCAUCACUAUUGUCUUAAUAUGUUGUGUUUUCAUUUUCAUUUAUCUCAAAAGUUUUCCUAAUUACCCUUCCUUGACUCUUUGGGUGUUUAAUUUCCAUCUGUUAGUGAAUGUCGUAAUUUGCCACAUUUCUAGUUUCAGUCUGCUUGAGCACAUGGAGUCUUGCUGCCCACACCGUCUGUGCUGGAGCAGAGUGGGCAUUGUGCUGGCUCUGAAUUAUGUCUCGUGGGUCCUGUGGGCUCCUGGUGUUCUUCCAGUCCUGUGUUUCCUUACUGAUCUCCUCUCUAGAUAUUCUCUUCAUCAUGGACAUCCUUUUUACUAAUUUUAAAGGAUGGUUUACAAGUAUUAUGGUUUUUGGUUCAGAGUGAGAAGUGGGUCCUGAGGUUUGGACAUAUUGAGUUAUCCUAAAUGCUUACCAGGGGGGAUGUCCAGGGAGACCAGUGACUGCAGGCCCUGACAGUGCCAUGGCUGUCCCCUGCUGAGGGGGGAGGGGCCAUUACUGCCGCUUAGCUGUGUGAUUCAUUUCUCCCAGUGGUCCACUUUGUACAGAAGAGGCUUCUGCCCUAGGUCUAAGUGAGAACGAAGAGAGAAUGUGGCCUGUGGCAGGGCAAGCAGAGUGUUCAGUGCCUGUAAGCUCUGAAUGAAAAAGUGGGCUGGGGCUCUGCUCAGCAUUGAGGAGGCCCACUCUGAAUGCGUUUCCAGUUUGUUUCCUGAUUUGAGGGUACCACUGGGGUGCAUAGUCCCACAUGUGAGAUGGACCUCCAGUGGCACCUGGCUUAAGUAAGUCGGCAUUUCGUUUACUGAGGUUUCACCACACUCUUCAACAGUCAGCUUCUUUUCCGAUCUGGGGGAAGGGAGUCAUAUGGAUUGUUGGAGUUGCCCUCACUCUCCAGGGCCAUUUCCUGGGCCUUGGGAGAGAAUGUUCACUUGUCACCAGCAGCCGCCAGCACAUGUCGUGCAAGGUUCACAGGUCUCUGAGGACCCAACCCCCAGCCAGCUCCGAGACCCCUCAGAAAAGCACAGUCCUGACCAUGGUCAGCUUCGGCCUUGCAGUGUGUGUGUGUGUGUGUGUGUGUGCGUGUGUGGUGGCCCUGAGGAUGGAGGGGCCCCUAGGAAUGCAGCUGUGGGGAGUGUGGUCUGGGGUGGUCUCUGAGUGCUGAAUGUGACAGAUCACAGCAGAACGUUCCUUCCAGCCCCUAGGGCUUUGGCUGCAGGGAAAGUCAACUCUCCCCCUUCACCUUCCCCAUAGCAUAUUAAUGGCCCCAACUGGUAGAACUAUUUGGAGUUGCAGACAGCUUGAUUUAUCCCAGCUCUAUUCUUAAAUGGUUGCUAAUUUCUCACUGCAAGAAUAUUCACAGAUUCUGGGUGAGUCAGCUUAAUAACAGUUCAGGGCAGGCAGCCGAGCUAAUGCUAACUCACUGCAGACACUCAGUGCCAUGCCGCUGUGCUCCACAUCCUGAGGUGCUGCAAAAAGGUACAGCAGACCCUCUUCUUUUCUCAGACUCUAGGCAGAGAGAAUAGCCAGUGCACCACGGGAGCGGGGAGCAUGUCCUCUGGCUACGGUCACACAGGGCAUUUGGGGGUGAGGAGCAUGUCCUCCAGGCCAUGGUCACACAGGGCGUUUGGGGGUGAGCAGCAUGUCCUCCAGGCCAUGGUCACACAGAGCGUUUGGGGGUGAGGAGCGUGUUCUCCGGGCCACUGUCACACGGGGCGUUUGGGGGUGAGGAGCGUGUCCUCCGGGCCACUGUCACACGGGGCGUUUGGGGGUGAGGAGCGUGUUCUCCGGGCCACUGUCACACGGGGCGUUUGGGGGUGAGGAGCGUGUUCUCCGGGCCACUGUCACACGGGGCGUUUGGGGGUGAGGAGCGUGUUCUCCGGGCCACUGUCACACGGGGCGUUUGGGGGUGAGGAGCGUGUUCUCCGGGCCACUGUCACACGGGGCGUUUGGGGGUGAGGAGCGUGUCCUCCGGGCCAUGGUCACACAGGGCGUUUGGGGGUGAGGAGCGUGUUCUCCGGGCCACUGUCACACGGGGCGUUUGGGGGUGAGGAGCGUGUCCUCCGGACCAUGGUCACACAGGGCGUUUGGGGGUGAGGAGCGUGUUCUCCGGGCCACUGUCACACGGGGCGUUGGGGGUGAGGAGCGUGUCCUCCGGGCCAUGGUCACACGGGGCGCUUGGGGGUGAGGAGCGUGUCCUCCAGGCCACGGUCACACGGGGCGUUUGGGGGUGAGGAGUGUGUCCUCCAGGCCAUGGUCACACAGGGCGUUUGGGGGUGAGGAGCGUGUCCUCCGGGCCAUGGUCACACAGGGCGUUUGGGGGUGAGGAGCAUGUCCUCCGGGCCAUGGUCACACGGGGCGCUUGGGGGUGAGGAGCGUGUCCUCCAGGCCACGGUCACACGGGGCGUUUGGGGGUGAGGAGCGUGUCCUCCGGGCCACUGUCACACGGGGCGUUUGGGGGUGAGGAGCGUGUCCUCCGGGCCAUGGUCACACAGGGCGUUUGGGGGUGAGGAGCGUGUUCUCCGGGCCACUGUCACACAGGGCGUUUGGGGGUGAGGAGCGUGUCCUCCGGGCCAUGGUCACACGGGGCGUUUGGGGGUGAGGAGCGUGUCCUCCGGGCCAUGGUCACACGGGGCGUUUGGGAGUGAGGAGCGUGUCCUCCGGGCCAUGGUCACACGGGGCAUUUGGGGGUGAGGAGCGUGUCCUCUGGGCCACGGUCACACAGGGCGUUUGGGGGUGAGGAGCGUGUCCUCCGGGCCAUGGUCACACAGGGUGUUUGGGGGUGAGGAGUGCGUCUUCCGGGCCAUGGUCACACAGGGCAUUUGGGGGUGAGGAGCGUGUCCUCCGGGCCAUGGUCACACAGGGUGUUUGGGGGUGAGGAGCGUGUCCUCCGGGCCAUGGUCACACAGGGUGUUUGGGGGUGAGGAGUGCGUCUUCCGGGCCACAGUCAUGUGGGGCAGACACUGGUGGGCUCAGGCUGCUGGUGCCUGGCCUUGCCCCUUGGUGGUAUCUACAAGUAAGCAUAUCAAGCAUAUCUCUUUUGGUGAGGACACACAUUCUACCUCACUAAACUGCUUUUCCAUACUUAUUUUCUGUCUUUAUAAACCAAAUGGACAUGGUGAGAAGGGAAAGCUCUCUGUUCCUGUGGCUCCCCUGACAUAUCAUUGCUGUCAGUCCAGAUGGUCUUGAUGGUGCUCAUCCUGGGUCUCAGGAGCUCUGUGAGGAUGGAGGCUGUUGUAAGUUCUUCCUUAGAGAAGCAGGGCCCAAAGAAUUCCUCACAAUCACCAUUGAGGAAAGUAGGCUCGAUGCUCCCCUGGGAACUGUGACCAUCACCCCGUCUCUCUGGCUCCCCUAUAGAGCUGUCCCAGUUGUACCUCUGCUGUCUGCGUGAGUCACCCAGCCUGCUUCCUUCCCAGCCACUGACAGAAGGCACUGCUCACUGCUUGGCACUGCUUGGGCAUCCGUGACCACUGUGAGCUGAACACCUAAGGUCUCACUCACUCUUCCUCUCCUGGACCACACUCACCUGUGUGUUUACGUCUUGCCCAUCCUAAUGUAGACCAAAAAUCUUUUUGGAGUUUAUAAACCACUGUUUCUCCUUAAACUCAAAGCACUAUUUUAGAUCAUUUCUAUGGAAGUAAAAUUGUGACUGGUUACUAGGUUUAUUUAUUAGUGUAAUGAUGGCUUGGGGAUGAGUCCGUUUUGAGUUCUGUCUUUGACUCAGAGCCCAGUGAGGGCUCCCAGAGAGGCCCCUUGAUAUUUCAGAAGUUGGCGACUUUGUGCAUUGAUGACUAGACAGCUUGUCAUCCUGGGCCACAGAAGGAACAACUGUUUUUAAGGUUUGGCCAGACUUCAUAUUCUCCAUUCUUUCCAUCCCCUGUUAUAUGGAAUGUACACGAUGCCAUUUAAUUACUUCAGUCCCUCACUUAAAGGAAAAAUAAUCUGGACUGUAUUCCAGAAGUACCAGUAGUCUGAAGGUUAACUCGGUGAUUUUCUUUGUCUGCAGACCAAGUGGCUGUAAAGAUCUCACUUGCAUGUUUGCAGUGUUAGUUGCAAGUACUGUUUUGGCAGGCAGGCAAAGUCUCAACAGGCUGUUUGCAUUGAGGUCUAUUUAUAAGGCUUUCCAAUUGGUGAGACUUUCUCUACAUCAAGAAGUUGAACAAGAACCAGCCAUUAUUUUGAGUAUGUACACAAUCAAAUGCCCAAACUCUGUUGUCAGAGCUGCCAGUCUGUGCCAAAGAUGAUUAUUUGUAUGUGUUACUACUGUGCAUGUCAGGCAAGGAUCCAGGAAUAUAGAGAUCCUUGAUUUAGCCACUGUUUCACUGUGGUCUGGGAAAAGGCAGUUCCCUCGGCUUUUUGAGGGUGUUGGUGAUAGAAAUGUAGGAGCCUAGAGGCUGUGGUGGAGAUGGCUUUGUGGACAGCCUAUGUGGGACAAGGCUAGUGGGGUGCCGUGGUUCUCCUCCACACCUGAACCGUGGGUUGUCCAAGUUCUCGUGUGCCAUAAGUGUGGCGUUCACACUGGCUUUCAGGGUCUUCAUAGUAAAAAUAACACAGUGUGUCACCAAUGGUAUUUUAUGUUGUUGCCAUGAUAAGGUGAUGAUAUUUUGAACAUAAUUGGGUUAAGUACCAAAGUGAACUCCUCUGUCAUUUUCUAUGCAAUCAGUGUGUGUGUGUUUGAGAUUUUUAAAUUGUUUCUUGGCUUUCCUUUUAGUGGGGUCUUGCCUCAGCCACUCAAGGACUGUGAGAGAUAGCACAGGUCCAGGUCCCAGCCCGCUGUGGGCCCAUUUGCCAUUUUGCAAGAGAUGUGUCCUGGUGCUAAGACUGAGGCAUUUACAGCAGGCCUGCAUGAUCAGUGCAUGGUUUGCCAUGGGGGUAUCCAGUCCUGUCUCUGUCUCUGCCAGGAGGCGGCUCAACUCUUAGUGAAUGGAAGCCAGGCAUUCCUGUAGGGGGCUGGGUUGCACAGCCUGCCUGGGUCUCUUUUUUGAAACAGAGUUAAAAUGUGUGAAGUUCUUAAAGCAAUGUUCGGUACACUUCAGGGAUCCCAUAAUUCUUAGCUUUUAUUUAGGGCACCCUAGCUAGAGGUUGGAAAAAAAAACAGAAACAAAAGUAUAUUUAUUCCCAAGUGAGAGUAUGUGGAUAUAGGGAUAGGAAAAGAUAUUACUGAUACAAGCUGACUAUCUCUUAUCCAAAAUGGUUGGAACCAGAAGUGUUAGGAUUUCAGAUAUUUUUGGAUUUUGAAAUAUUUGCAUACAUGUAAUCAGAUGUCUUACAUGAAAUUCACGUAUGUCUCACAUGCAGUGUAAAGGCAAUUUAUUCAUUAUUUCUAAAGCACCUGCACUGUGACCCAUCACAGGGGUUCAUGGGUGGGCUUUGUGUAUGACAUCACGUUGGUGCUCACGAAAUUUCAGAUUUUGGAUCAUUUUGGAAUUCAGAUUUUCAGAUGAGGGAUGUACUACCUGUGCUGCUAAUCUGGCAAAGAAUGAUAUGGAUUAUGGAUAACUUUAACUGUCUUCAUGACUUCUCUCUCUGUUUCUCAUCUUCUUUGUGCAGUAUUCUUACCAGAACAGAGCCAGGACUAACUGUGACCUGUGCUGCAGGGAGCAGCUAGCUUCAGAGAGAGCAGGUUCUCUGUGUUGCUGCAUUAGAAGUAUUCACACCCUAAACUCUGACAGGAAUGUCAGGCUGCAGUAUGGUCACAUCCCAUGCCCCCGCUCUCAGCUCAUGUGCCAAGAGGUCAUUGUGUAUAAUGUGGAGCCUUGUGGUCCCAAAAACACUUUAAAUACAGUCACAUAUCACUUAAACAUGGGACAGGUUCUGAGAACAUGGGACAGGUUCUGAGAAGUCAGUCAGCAGGCAGUUUCGUCUUUGUGCAAACAUUAGACAGUGCACUUCCACAAACCAGGACGGCUCUGUCACUGGCGAUGUAAUCUGAUGGGACCACCACUGGUGACCUGAAUGUCAUUAUGUGGCACAUUGAUGUAAACUUGAAUUGCAUUUUUUUGUGAUUGACAGAACACAGAGUUUGCAUAGGAGAGCCACUAGGGGUGUGUGUGGCCUACGCAUGUGACACCAGGAGGCCUCCCCAGGGGACAUCGUGGAAUGUGGGGUUGGGUGGCAAAGGUUAUUUCUUCAUGCCAAGUCCUGGUGGAAGGACCUUCUUGUUAGAGUGGAGGCAGAUGAGAGAGGAUUAGUCAACCAGGGAAAAUGGCAGGGAAGAACCUGCCUGCCAUGGUGGUGAGCUGUGAUUUGUUUUUCUUUUUCAUUAUGCUGUUUGGGCAUCAGCCAUAUGAGAUCAUAGGAACAGGAGAUGGAAAAGACCUACUGUAUGAGGUCAUCCGGCCAUCCCCCCAGGGCUGCUGACCCCACAGUCGAGUUUCCAGCACUCCGGCCAGUUUCUAAGUAAUGACUCAACUGAUGGAGUUUCCACCAUGUCCCAGAGGGAGCAGGAAGGCUGCUGUCUGAGACUGCCGGCUGGAAUCAGGAUGUGUUCAUGUCUCAGGAUGCAGAUCACAAAACAGACACCUUGUGUAGAAGGAGGGAUGGGCUCACAGCACGGACACCGUGUGUGGGAGGAGAGAUGGGCUCACAGCAUAGACGCCAUGUGUGGAAGGAGAGAUGGGCUCACAGCACAGAUGCCGUGUGUGGGAGGAGAGAUGGGCUCACAGCAUAGAUGCCAUGUGUGGAAGGAGAGAUGGGCUCACAGCAGGGACACCAUGUGUGGAAGGAGGAAUGGGCUCACAGCACAGACGCCGUGUGUGGGAGGAGAGAUGGGCUCACAGCAUAGAUGCCAUGUGUGGAAGGAGAGAUGGGCUCACAGCAGGGACACCAUGUGUGGAAGGAGGAACGGGCUCACAGCACAGACGCCGUGUGUGGGAGGAGAGAUGGGCUCACAGCAUAGAUGCCAUGUGUGGAAGGAGAGAUGGGCUCACAGCAGGGACACCAUGUGUGGAAGGAGGAAUGGGCUCACAGCACAGACGCCGUGUGUGGGAGGAGAGAUGGGCUCACAGCAUAGACGCCAUGUGUGGAAGGAGAGAUGGGCUCACAGCAGGGACACCAUGUGUGGAAGGAGGAAUGGGCUCACAGCACAGACGCCGUGUGUGGGAGGAGAGAUGGGCUCACAGCAUAGACGCCGUGUAUGGAAGGAGAGAUGGGCUCACAGCACAGACGCUGUGUGUGGGAGGAGAGAUGGGCUCACAGCACAGACGCUGUGUGUGGGAGGAGAGAUGGGCUCACAGAAUGGACGCCGUGUAUGGAAGGAGAGAUGGGCUCACAGAAUGGACGCCGUGUAUGGAAGGAGAGAUGGGCUCACAGAAUGGACGCCGUGUAUGGAAGGAGAGAUGGGCUCACAGGUGGAUGCCGUAUGACAAAGGGGAGAUGGGCUCACAGCAUAGACGCCGAGUGUGGAAGGGGAGAUGGGCUCACAGCACAGACGCCGAGUGUGGGAGGAGAGGUGGGCUCACAGCACAGACACCGUAUGUGGAAGGAGGGAUGGGCUCAUCCUACCUCAGUUAUGGACUUGCUGUGUGACCUCAGCUCCUCCACUCCUACUCUGUCUGCAGAGAGGGCCUGGCAGCCUCCCUGCAGAAUCUGCUUCACCACGUGCCUCCUCAUUCAAAUGGAUGUAAGUUGCCACCUAUGGAGAAGUUGGAUUUUUCUUUGCUGGCCACCCCUACCUUGGCUCUUUUACUCACUGGUCAGGUACAAAGCACAUGGCCAGGCCAAGACUGUCAGUGAGGCCUUCCUUGAGUCCAGAUUCUGGGUUCCUGAUGUUCAACUGUGUGGUUGCAGCUGGGGCCCCUUCCCUAGGCAUCUGUGUAGCAAAGUUUACAAAGUUGCAGCUUUUUUUUUUUUCCCCACAGGCAGAGUUAGACAGUAAGAGAGAGACAGAAAGGUCUUCCUUCUGUUGGUUCACCCCCAAAAUGGCCGCUACAGCCAGCGUGCUGUGCUGAUCCAAACCCAGGAGCCAGGUGCUUCCUCCUGGUCUCCCAUGGGGUGCAGGGCCCAAGCACUUGGGCCAUCCUCCACUGCCUUCCCGGGCCACAGCAGAGAGCUGGCCUGGAAGAGGAGCAACUGGGACAGAAUCCGGCGCCCCAACUGGGACUAGAACCUGGGGUGCCAGCGCCGCAGGUGGAGGAUUAGCCAAGUGAGCCACGGCACCGGCCAAAAUUGCAGCUUUUGUGGGUAUUAUAUAAUCAUAUUCAGUUAAUGAAACAACAGUUAUUUCCUAUAAGCGGCAUCAGAAACAAUUGAGGAUGAAACUGCCAUCCCCAUGUGUAGCUGAUUUGUGCUGGGCACCAACAGGAACUUGCUUUACUUUCCAUGCCAGCUUACAGCCCCAUACUGUGCUGGGAAGGGGCUGAGGCUGCUGGAAACACCCACAGACAGGGCUGUCUGAAGACACAUCCCCUCAUGUGUUAGCUACAAAACCAGACUCUGCACAGCUGGAAACAAAUCUUACAGACUUACCUUUCCAUUUUUUUCUUAAAAGGAGUUGCUUAAAGGGGUCAAAUGCAUUUUACAGGAAACAAUCCUGUCUUAGACCCAACUUAUUUAUCAUCAUCUUCCUCCUCCUCCUCCUCUUUUCCUCCUUUUUCUGGUGUUGCAGCCUUGUCGACUCCUUUUCUCACUGCAUCAGCUCCUGGCGCAGCCACCUUCCUCCCACAUCUUUCCUGCAGCAGCAGCCUUGUCUUCCCAAGGCUCCUGUCACCUGCCCAGCUUUGCUCGUCCACGCUGCUUUCAGCGUCUUGGCAAGAUCACGCAUUGCAUCAGCCAGAACAGUCUCUUCUGAUGCUCAGAACAGAUCUGUGAACUUCUGUUUUGUUUCCCCUUUAGGAAGGACACAGGUUCUCAUUUGAAUUUCAUCAGGAUCCUUGUCUGCUUCUGCCAGGUCUUCGAGUUUUCCUUUCCCUAUAGCAGAUGUGGUCUCCCAGCUCUGAAUUCUUAGAGUACUCUGUGUGCCUGUGGCACUGCUGGCGUGUUUGCAUAAAGAACACGCAGGAUGACAUCUGCCUGUGAGCUUCUUGGGAUCUCCUUUGUCCAUGUUCAGUUUCUCUCUUGCACUGACACUGCCUUUGUGGUGCUCAAUCUGCUGCAGCCGCUGUGGGAACAGGAGCCAGGUGCAGCCUCCUCACACUUCAUUCUGUACUGUUCCUUCUCAUGGUCCUUGCCUGUGAUCUGAAACUUUCCCCAGAGGAGGGUGUGAAAGUGCAUCACAAGUGGUUGUUCUUGACUGUUCCUCUGCGCUGUCUCCCUGCAAGCACUGAGAGUUUAAACCCAGCCCUGUGGGUAGGUGGAGUGAGAUCCAUAUGUGGUGGUCUCCACAGAAUUGCAGUUAACUGAGACCACAUGAAGCGGGCAUGAGUCCUGUGGCCACAGCAGGGCUACCCUGUGGCUGCACCCCCAGUGGCUCUGUGGCAUUUCCUGGGCACCCCACAUCUUCUAGCUAGCCCGAGUCCUCCCUGCCGGGACCUGGACUGCUCAGGGCUCUUGGUGCCUGUGCCUGGUACUUUGUGUACAGUGCUGCUUGGGGUUAGGUUGUGCCCCUGCCCUCGUAUUGGAUCAGUUAUGCAGUGUUAACAACAGGGACAGGUUCUGAGAGCUGCAUCAUUAAGCAGUUUUGUCAAUGCAGAAACACCAUGGAGUGUACUUAGCAAACCUGAGUGGUAUAGGUCACUCACUCGAUGUGGGAGAUGGAGAAAACGCAGCUUGUAGGGCCAUGAUGUAGCAGGUAAAGCCACCUGCGGUGUCAUCCCAUACUUUGCUGUUUCAAGUCCUGGCUGCUUUUGAUCCAGCUCCCUGCUAAUGCACCUGGGAAAGCAACAAAAGAUGGCCUAAGUGCUUGGGCCUCGUACCCACAUGGGAGAUCCAUAAGAAGCUCCUGGCUCCUGGCUUCAGAUCACCCUAGCUCUGGUCAUUAUGGCCAUUUGGGUAGUGAACCAGCAGAUGGAAGACCUCCAUGUCUCUCUCUCUCUCUCUCUUUCUCUCUCUCUCUCUGUUUCUGCCUCUCUAACUCUGCGUUUCAAAUAAAAAUAAACAAAUCUUUAAAAAAGAAAAUGUAACACCUCUGUGCUACACUGACUUUCAGAAGUAGCGUACACUCCAACAAUAAAAGUGUAGUACAGAAAAUAAACAUGAAAAUUACUUACUAUCACAACCAAGUGUCAUGUACCAUGCAUAAUUGUGUGUGUUUACAUGACUGGCAUAGCAGUGAGUGUGUGCAUACCGUGUCACCACACAUGCAUGAGGAAUGCACUACAUGGUGGUGCUACAGUGUCACACAGCUAGGAAGUCACUAGAUGGACAGGAACUUCCAUAACCAUUACAAUGGUCUGGGACCCUGGUUGUAUAUGUGUACUGACCACAACGGCACUGUGCAGCUGAAGACUGUGUUUGUUUUGUUCUGCCAUUUGUUUAUGUAUGACACCUUUCACAUAUAGACACAGAGAGGGUUUUGCUCUUUUCAAGCUUGUUUGUCCCACCUCCAUCUGCAGUUAGGCACCUGGGUGCUGACAGGUAAGCAGAUUGGCACCUGGGCAUCAGACCAGUGUCCCGUCAACAUGUGCAUGAGGCCCUCGUCCAUGUGCAGCACUGUCAGGCUGUCAUCGGACACGAUGAGAUGCCCGGGGUGCCCUCAUUGUGUGCUGGUGGCUAGCAGGCAGUGGUAUCCCAUAGGUGGCCAAGAUACAGCAGAGAAGAGGCCAGACCCAAGUGUUUAGUUAUGAGGGCCCUGUCCAUCAAAUCACAGAAAACUACCUCAUCAUCUGUGUGCAUUUCUGAGAAUUCACAGAAAAAAAAGCAGCCUCUGCUGUCACUUAUGCUUCUC